AUGGCAAAAAACAGAACAUUAAUGUUAUUCAGAAUCAUCGACAGCAAAUCUCUUUUCCUUAUAGCUGUCUGUAUUCCACUUCUACUGCCAUACGCUGGACAAACACUAUCACUGCUUGCACCAUGCGUGAACUGUGAAGAACUGCAUGUGGAAUUAGGACAGAACCCACCAGACCAAUCUCAGGUUAUUUUUCUAUUCUCUGUUGUAUUUGUUCUCGGAUUAAUGGUGAUUUUUGGUUUGCCCUGGUGCUUCCUCUAUGGUAUUACCCCGAUUAACUUGGAGUUGACUGUGGUUAAAGGACCAGGUCUCGAUUAUACUGUUUUAACUGAGAACUUUUGUCAAUUGGUUGAAUCCUGGUCUCUCGUAACUGACCCUCAAGUCGUGCUAUCUGAAGUUCUUGUUCUGUUAACAGGCUUCCGAUGUGCUGAUUUCCUUUUACCUAAAUCAGCUAAAGGAAAAUCUCAGCCACAUCAGAAGCCUGCUGACUACCGUAUCGAUGGGCCUGGGUUCGAAUCUCGGAUAUGUCAUGGAUGUAUAAAGAGCAUAGGUGACAAAGAGGGUACUCGAAGUACGUGCCAAGCCGAAAAUCCUCUCGAGAGGCUGGUGAUAUUACUUUUGUUUGUGCUAGCCACUGCGGUGGUAUGCAAUCCUGUCCCUCCAGAAGAUGAUGACGAUAUUCCCGUUUACACAGAGAAAGUUGUACCUGCAAAGCCUACACAACCGGGAAGAACGCGUCCAGUUACUAGAAUACCAAAGUUUGGUACCAAGAAACUCAUUCCAGGAUCCGCGAUAACAGGGGAGAAGUUGUCAUCGAAUAAUAAGCUUCCGUACGUAAUCCCCAAGCAAGCAACUUCAGCUCCAAAAGCUCUUCUAAAGACCACUGAAGCUAUUCGAAGCAGUAAUAGACCUGUUAGACGAACACCCAAGUAUCUCAGCAAUUCACUUGCCAACGGAGAGAGCCCAGCUCCGAAGCGAGCCUUAACAGGAGGCCAUAACGCUCCUCGUCCCGUUUAUGCUCCAGCUCCAGAACUUGGUGUGCAAUACGCAUCGGAAAUUUCACCUUCAUCAUAUGGCUUAGCCCAUGAUUAUCAACCAAGGAAGUUAGUUCCAAAAAGUAACCCAGAUUAUGGCUCUGCAUUAGGAAAUGCGCCAGAAAUUAGAUAUGCUGCAGCGCCAGAAAAAUUUAUUCCAUCAGCUCCAGCUAGCAAAGAAAUCCAUGACAACGCAUAUAACUCUAACUCGUAUGACGACAAGCCGCAACCGUACAUCUUUGGGUAUGAGCUGAAGGACGAAAAUGGAGCCACCCAGAGCCGCAAAGAACAAGGCGAUGAUUACGGCAACAAACGUGGGUCGUACGGCUAUACGGAUGGUUAUGGGAUUUACCGUCAAGUGGAUUACAUUGCCGAUGCUCAUGGUUUCCGUGCAAUAGUUAAGACAAACGAACCAGGGACAGAAAACCAAGAUCCAGCAGACGUCAAGAUGCUAUCAGAAGCUGGCAAAUAUUGAAACCCUCUCUUGAAAGAAGUGAGUGAGAAAAGGUUAUGUCAUCGACAUUUGUAAGAAUCGCAGAUUUUUCGAAAACUGAAUUCCGUUCUUCAGAGUGGGAUUUAAAUAUUGAGAGCGAAGAAGUUAAACUGCUUUUAAUAACAAUAAUGGAAAAUUUAUUAGCCUUGUGAAAUAGGUAAUAUGAUAGUGUAUACCUCGUUAACGUUUUCUUAUUAUUAUAGAACCUGUGCAUAACAGUAGUAUUCGAAAAUGCUUUAGUAUGAAAAUAAUAUAGGUGCCAAAGCCGGCACAACCGGCGCGGUCGCCCGGAGCGGCAGUAUUUAGGGCCGUCAAUAUUUUUGGAUUUAAGGAUUUUUAGACUAGAUUUAUAGAAUUUAGGGAAGAACCGGGCAGCAGGAUUUAGGACCCGCAGAGAUUGCACCGGGCCGCAAAAUGGUCUGCCCAGACAUUCUAAAUUCUAAAUGCCAGAUAAAAUUCUAUUUUACAGCAUUUUCGGCAUUUAUUUAAUUAUUAAAAUUUAAAAUUUAAUAAAAUUUAUUUUCUGUUUCUCUUAUAUCGAAAUAAUAAAACUUUAAAAGUAAUGAGAAUAUUCAUAUUGAGUUAUAUUAGAACCACACAAACGUAAAUGGUUUUUAGAUAAGAACUUUAGUAAUUAUUCUCCUCGUGCUAAAAAUCCAGAGCUAUCAUUUUAACGACAAUUCUGCUGCAAAAGCAAACCCACGAUGGUACUUGCAACUUUUAUACGCAUAUACAGCAUAACUAGGCAACCUGUAAUGGAAAGAGAAUUACCCGCUGUUGGAAAUGAAAAGUCAACAGUUUGAAUCGGUAAAGAGCUCUCGAUCCACACUCUGGAACCUGAAUUCAAUUCUUGACUUCCUGUGUACAUUUAACCCUAUUUCACUUACUUUCAAUUUAUAUUGGACGUUUUAGAUCUGUUGUUCUUUGUCUGACGUUUGACAAACCAUACAUUUUGCAUUGGGGUCACAUUUCACUGGAUUUGCAAAACAAAUAUACCUUUUUAUUGUUCAUGGAUGUUGAGAAUUGUUUUUAUUUCAUGCAAUACGUAAUUUUACUUGUUAUUUUACCUUAUAAAGAAACCGUGUUCUUUACCUUAUCUUCAAAACUCGUUUGUGGAAAAUGAAAAAUUUUGAGGGAAAAAAUCCUAAAUUAAGAUAAAUAACCUAUUGACAUUUUAGAUUUGUACAGUUAUGCAAAGAUAUGUAACUUACUCCUUACUUAUGUUCUUGAUUUUCCCAUUUCGGCUUAAUAUUGCUGUAAAAAACAUGCAAAAGUUUCAUCAAAAUUUGAAAUAAAAUGAUGCAAAUAUUGCUUAAUUUGAGAAGUACAUAUAAACAUAGUUUAUGUUAUUUGAAGCAAAUUAUGCGAUAUUUGAAACAAAUUCUACGUUAUUUGAAACAUAGUUUUAUGUGGUAAAUUAGUUUCAGUAAUAUUUUAUUUAUAUAUUCCCUGUAAAUACAUUAGAUCUUUCCUACAUCUGUUUGCUUUUUGUCUUCUUGAAUCAUUGUAAACGACAUUUCUGAGUCUUUUAUUGUCAAAAUUAGAAAUUAGUUUAUGUCUUUUAUCUUACAAAAGAAAUAUGCCUUCUUAUAAUUGUUAUUUAUUUUAUUUA